AUGAACGCCAGUAAUUCUGUAGAUGGGAAGGUUGAGAAAGGAACAACUGAACUACUAGGAGAAAAAGAAAUUUCAGCAGGAAAAGAACAACAACCGCUUGAGAAAAUAAUAGUCAAUAUAGAUCUUCGUAUUGAAUGGCUAAAAGAACGCACAAACAAUAUUUUAGAUCAAGAUACCCAAGCAGAAAUUGAUUUACAAGAAGAAUUCAAGCCUCAGAGUCAGAAAGAUCCAGACGACAAUGAUGACGAAGAAUUAGAAGUAGAAUCGCAUUUAAAAUUGCGUUCAAAUUCGAUCGACGAAUCUUCAAAGAGUGUUGUUUUUGAAACCGAAAAGAAAGAUAUCAAACCAUUAAAGAAAAGAGGUAAAAAAAUCAAGGUUUUUACAGAUUUAGUUCAUAAACAAUUUGGUGAAUCAGCUCUACCUGUCGCUUGCGAGGAAACAGAAAAAAGUAGUUUGGAUUCUGCACACGAUGAUGGAUCCUCAGUGGAAGAACACUCCCUAGAUUCUGAUAUUAGCCAUGGAGACACCACUAAACCAUCUGAUUAUCGAAGAUUAUCGUGCAUUGCUUCAUCAAGGUCUAUCGAUUAUGUAAAUAAUUUUGUAGUAAAUCAAAUCGCCGAGUUGCCUAAUAUAGAUUUGAGUAAUAAAGAGGAAGAUAAUGUGCUAAAGCUAAAUGAUCCUGACUUUGUUAAUAAACUUGAGGAAUAUAUUGUCACUACGGAGCGUCAUGUACUAAAAAUAAUUGACUAUUAUAAUACUAAAGUUUUAUGCAAAUGCAUAGCAAUUUGUCAGUUUGUAACCAAGAAAGCGGUGUAUCAUAGAGUUUCCAUAACAACGCAAAAAUCUGAAAAAAACUUUCUAUCUGAGUAUGAGUAUUGGAAAAUGAGCUACGUCGGCUUGGGCACAUUGCUCGACCAACUAAAAACGUAUGAAGUAGAAGAAGUGCUACGUUUAUUAAAACUGGCCGGUUCUUGUGCUAUAGAAGGCUAUAAAAUAUAUAUGAAUGAUCUUGAAAAAUAUUUCACACAAGCGAAAGAAAAUUAUUACUUUCUGCGUACAAUAUUGAAAUUCUUUCGGACUAUUAUGAAAUCAAAAGAUGAUAUCGAAGUCGGACAGGUUUGCUACGCUUUACUUGAAAGACUUCACAUUAUAUGGGUAUUGUCAAAAUAUUAUUGCUUUGACAACACUAUGUAUAUACUUUUGGAGCAAGUGAGUAAUGAAGUUAAUGCAAGAAUCAAAUCUACUCUGAAACCCGGAGAAGUUUUUAGUCUUUCAUUUUCGGAAUCACAAAAAUUAACUCAAAAUUCAAUACAUGUAUUGAAAUGUUGGUUAAAUGCUUAUAUGGACACACGACGUUGCAUUGAGGAGGAAGAGAAGACGCUGCGUUGGGAGUUUGAUCGGAAAUGUCUAUUUGGUGAAUCGGAGUGGCUGACAUCUGUCUGCAAUGAUUUACGGUCAAUGACACAGGCCGUUGAAAAAUUGGAAAAUACAUUCGGCAAAGAAAUGAAUUUUAUUAAAUGCGACUCUGUGCAACAAAGUAAUUGCGUUAUAGAACAAAUCCAUAAAAUUGUCGCUCCACUUCGAACGGUAGAGCUUGAUACUUACAAACAGGACACAUGUGACAAUUGGAAAAAUGUUCAGGAUGAUUUUUGGAGAUCAGUGGAAAACUUAAAAGCUCAGACACAAACAUUAUGGCAGCAAAAUUAUAGUAAAAUAAGGGCCAGCGAAUAUGACAUAAAUGCUCUAGAUCGAAAUUCUUCUUCAGACACGCGAAUUUCUAAAUUCAAAUUAAUACUGCAUUCAUUUGUUGAUGAAACGAAAAAUAUUGAAUUAGAAUUUAAGAAUAGCAAAAGUAGGCCACCUUUACAGUGUAAUCAUCCCCCUAAAUCAGGAGCAAUUUAUUGGGCUCGUACCUUACAGAAGCGGUUGAAGAAGUUGGUGAUUGCAUUUCAGCAAGUUCCAGAAAUACGCGAUUUUAAUAUAAAGAAAAAGGCCUUUGUGCUUUAUACGAAUGUUUCACAGAAACUUCUAGAGUACGAAGAGAAUAUCUUUUCUCAGUGGUUACAUGAAAGUAUAGUUGUUAUCGAUUCGAGCAAGAUUCGUAAAGUUUCACAAAACAUUUUAAUGACUGAUGAAAAUAAGAUCGAUCAUUUUCAUGUACUCAAACGAAGUGGUCAAACAUUUAGAAUUUACUUUCCUGCAGAAAUAUUUACUGUUAUAACCGAAGCAGAAAUAAUGCAAAGUUUAGGUUUUAUGCUGCCUUUCUCAAUUCGGACCGCUGUUAAUACUAAAGACAUAUUGAAUCUAAACCUUUUUUCUGUUAAAAUUAUGUUGGCAAAUAAUAACAAAAUACUAGAUACAUCAGAUCUGCCUGAACUGCAGUUUUUGGAAGUGCAUUUGCUCAGUUUGAAAAAAUGUAUAAACGCUGCACUGUGCCAAUACACGUGGGAUUCCAUUACCAUUCAAGAGUACAUAACUAUGUGUAUGCAGCAAAUUAGAGGUAUGAUGUCAACGGUGAACCAGCUGAAUCACAUCUCAACAGAAAUAUUAGGGGACAUUACGGAAUUACAAGAAUUCAACAUGUUCUGUAUCCAAAUGGAAAAUGAAGAAGAAGUCAAGUCUUGUGAGGAUUAUUACGAUUGCAUUAAAACAGCUCGUAGAUCUAAAAUUAAUCAAAUGUUACAUAUUUAUGAGGGAAUUGGUAUUACAAUUAUAAAGCUCGAAAGCUUUAUUUUGAAUCAAGCUACUGGAAAUUCAAAAGCAAUGGAGUACUAUUAUGAUCAAUGGGAGAAAGAAAUGUUUAGAAGUUUUGUUAAGUUAAAGUCAUUUCCCCGUUGGCUUUACAACACUUGUAUACCAUGUCCAGAACAUAUAUCAAGUGAUUUAGACGAGGACUAUAAAUUUUCAUAUUAUGAUGAUAUUAUACGCGUUAAAUCUGUUAAUAAGUUAAUAUUUUCUGUUCAAAACGCAGCUAUUAUGCUUGUCGUCAAAGUGCAAAAUUACAUGGCAAAAUGGAAAAAAUAUUGUACUCUUUGGUCUUAUGAUAAACAAAAAGUAUGUCAGAAUUUUGUAACAAAAAGCCCUAGUCCUAAAUUAGCAACAUAUGAUGAAAAGUUUAUGUUUUACCAAAAUAUAAUAAAGCACUUGACUGAUCACAAGCCGUAUGUUAUUGUUAAUUGCAUUCAAAUCGAUUUAAGUUCAGUUAUUGGGACCAUUAUUGAACAUGCUAAGGAAUGGAAACUAAUAUUAGGAGAAUGUAUCGUUGAAAGUACGAAUAAUAAAAUAAAAACGAUAGAGAUACUGAUUGGGAAACUCAAGAAUGAUGUUCAAAAAAAGAUCAAGACCCUGGAAUGUUUCAAAAGCGUUUUCGAUUGCAUUGAAACAAUUCAGAACUUAACAAUCAGUACAGAAUACGAAAUAAAAACCUGUCAAGAAAUUUAUGCUAUUCUGCGCACGCAUGAUAUUCCAUUUUUAUCUGAUGAUGAGGAAGUUUCUCAUCAAGUAGAGAAAGAGUGGAAUUCGCUGUAUAUGAACGCUCUAGAACGUAAAUGCGCUAUUAACAUUACGAAAUUUAUAUUUGCUGAAAAAACUUCUUCUGAAUUAGAUAAUUUUUGUAUAAAAAUCAAUCAGUUCGUGGAAGAAUAUGAGGAAAGUGGAUUAUGCGCACCAGGAGUAGACUUGGAAAAUAGAUAUUCGCUAAUGAAUUCUUAUGCUACAAAAUUUGCUGAACUAGAAGAGGAACGAAUUAAUUUUAUAAGCACUGAAUCCUUUCUGGACAUAAAAAUUGAUGAUUUGUCUGCUUUCGUGGAAAUAUAUCAAGAAUAUCAAGGAAUAAGAAUACUUUACAAUCUAUUCAAAGAUCAACAAGAGCAACGGAUUUGCUGGGGAAAAACACUUUGGAGUAAUUUUAAUCCAAAGUUUUUGAUGGAUGGAAUACAAAAGCAAGUACAAGAAUAUAAAAGGCUAUCUCCGCAGUUUCAAUCACAUCCAGUUGGGCAAUCAGUGUAUUUACACAUUCAACAGUUUGAAAAUAUUAUAUCACUGAUGGCUUUAUUGAAAAACAAGGCAAUGAGAACUCGUCAUUGGGAACUAUUAAUGGAAAAAAUCGAUAGAAAAUUGGAUACGUCUUCUGAAAAUUUUACAUUACAUGAUAUGAUUCAAAUUGAAUUGCAUCAACAUGAAAAUGAAGUUAAGACAAUUAUAAAUAGCGCCGUUAAAGAAUUGGAAAUAGAGGAAAGCGUUAAUGAGAUACAAAAUACUUGGAGAUCUAUAAAUUUAACAUUCAAGAAACAUCCUAAUGAAGAUGAUUUUCGCGGUUUUAUUCUUGAUUGUGCAGAUGACGUGAUGCAAACAUUUGAUGGAAUUUUAAUGACCCUUCAGAUAAUGGCAACAUCACAGUUUAUUGGACCAUUCAUUUCGACAAUACAAGAAAUAGAAAAUAGUGUCUUAUUAUCUUGUAAGAUAAUAGAUAAAUGGAUAUCGACGCAAAAGAAAUGGGUAUUUUUAGAACAAAUAUUUAUUGAUGAGCAAUUUGGUUCGGAAAUGCCCGAAGAAACACGCGUAUUUAAUGCUAUAAAUAAAGCAUUCAUGAAUAUAAUGGAUGAAGCUUUUCAAAAUCCAUCCAUUAGCUACACGACGUCAACGCCAAAUAUACAUAUUAAACUGCAAUAUCUAGAAUUCAGUUUAGAUAAGUGCCAAAAAUCUUUAAAUCAACAUUUGGAAAGUAAAAGAAAUAUGUUUUCUAGAUUUUAUUUUAUUUCUACGAAUGAACUGUUAUCUAUAUUAUGUAGCAAUAAUCCUGCUCAAAUUCAAAGGCAUAUUAAGAAGAUGUUCCAUAAUGUUAGAGCUUUAAAUAUGGAAUUAACUGACAAUAAUGAAUUAAAUAUUACUGCUAUGGUAUCUGGUGAAGGUGAGAUGCUACAUUUCUGUCAUAAAGUGAAAAUUGAAGGCAGUGUUUGUGACUGGAUGAAUUCCGUUGUGAAGGAAAUGCAGAUUACGAAUAGAUAUACGACGAAAAAAGCUAUUUACGUAUAUGGUACCGAACACAAAUCCAGAAUGGACUGGAUAAUGGAUUUUCCAGGUAUGAUCUGUUUAGCUUCAAUCCAAAUUUGGUGGACAGCGGAAGUAGAAAACGUAUUUAAGAAAAUAUAUAAAUCUGAAGAAAAAGCUAUGAAACUAUAUUUAAUAAAUCAGAAUACGCAAGUUGAUGAAAUUGUAACCAAAAUUCGCACAAAUCUUACAUCAAAUGAUCAAAAGAAGUUGAGGACAAUUCUUAUUAAUGACAUACAUGCACGUGAUGUUGUAGAACAAUUCAUUAGAGACAACAUUUCAAGUGCUCAGCAAUUUGAAUGGGAAAGUCAACUUAAGUUUUAUUGGAAAAGGGAUAUCGAUAAUUUAUUAGCAAAACAAUGCACAGGUAGCUUUGAAUAUGGAUACGAAUAUAUGGGAUUAUGUGAUAGACUUAUUAUCACACCAUUGACAGAAAGAAUAAUACUAACGAUGACUCAAGCUCUUACACUAAAAUUAGGAUGUGCCAUAUCUGGCCCAGCUGGCACAGGAAAAACGGAAAUAGUGAAAGAUUUAGCAAGAAAAUUUGCGAAUUUAUGUGUUAUUCUAAAUUGUAGUGAAAGCACCAAUUUUUUCGCAAUAUCGCAAAUAUUGUGCGGAAUCUCGCAAUGUGGUGCUUGGGGCUGCCUUGAUGGAUUUGAUAGAAUAGAAUUAUCUAUGUUGUCGGUUAUUUCAAUGAAAUUGCAAAUUAUACGUAACGCGUUGAUAAAGAAAUCCACAAAAAUUAUGCUGAACGAAAAAGAGAUAAAUUUUGACAAUAAAAUUGGAAUAUUUAUCACACUGAAUCCUGGAUACGCUAGUCGAAAGGAAUUACCCGAAUCUAUCAAGAUUCAUUUUCGUCCAGUAAUGUGUAUUACCCCGGAUGUAAAUAUGAUAUGUGAAAUAUAUUUAAUGUCCGAUGGAUUUAUUCAAGCCAAGGCUUUGGCAACAAAAAUGACAGCGCUUUACGAUAUGGCAUCCAGACAAUUAAGUAAGGCACAUCACUAUGACUGGGGUCUUUGCAGUAUGUCUUCCGCUCUGCGCAUGGCAUGCUUGUUGAAGAAAAUGUAUCCUGAUACACCUGAAAAUGUGGUCAUCAUGAGAGCAUUAUGCGAAGCAAAUUUUUCAAAACUGGUCGAUGAUGACAUUCUAAUAUUCAAGAGCUUAAUAAAAAGUUUAUUUCCUGGAUUGGACUGUUCACCAGUAAUUGAUCAAGAAUUUGUUGAUGUUAUUACUAAAAUAUUGAAGGAAGAUAACUUGAUUUUGCUAGACAUCCAAGUUAAUAAAGUACAGCAGUUGAAACGUGCCAUGAUGGCUAAACAUUCAGCAAUGGUUGUGGGAUCAACAGGUGGUGGAAAAAGCGUUGUUAUACAAACUUUUGUGAAGGCGCAAAUCUACCAGGGCAUGCCAACUAAACUUAUAACCAUAAAUCCAAAAGCAUAUUCUAUCAAUGAAUUAUAUGGAAUGUUCGAUCCCAUCAAUGACGACUGGAUUGAUGGAUUAUUUUCUACUAUAUUUCGAGAAAUCAACCAACCAUCAGAAUAUCCAGAAAAACGCUAUGUACUAUUUGAUGGAGAUAUCGAUGCAUUUUGGAUUGAAAAUAUAAAUUCUAUUAUGGAUAACAACAAAAUAUUAACGUUGGCAAAUGGAGAACGAAUACAAUUAGCAGAUUCUAGUGCUCUUAUAUUUGAGGUUGGCAGUUUAGAAUUCGCUUCCCCGGCAACAGUAUCGAGAUGCGGAAUAAUUUAUUUGGAUCCAGAACAUUUGGGAUGCAAGCCUUAUUGGAUGCGUUGGCUAGAUAAAAAUACAAACAAAAACGAGCGAAUCUUAUUCAUAUCUUUAUAUGAUAAAUUCGUUCCUUCUUUACUAAAAUUGAUAAGUUCAGGAUCUAUGGACACUCAAAAAAUGAGACCUCUCCAUUCUGUUGUUAAACAAACUGAAUUGAAUAUGAUAGUGCAGUUAUGUUUUAUGAUUGACUCAUUACUACAAAAUGUAAAGGAAGAAUACCACAAUGUGAACGAAAAAUUGAUUAACGCAACAUUUUUUAUGGCAUUGUACUUUUCUCUUGGAGCAACAUUGGAGCCGCCGGACAAAAUAUAUUUUGACACAUGCGCUAAAAAAUUAUCUGAAAUGCCAUUUUCAAACGAAACCACUGUUGAAAAUGUGUCGCUUGAUAUGAUACCUACUUUUUAUCCGUUAUUAUUUGAUUAUUUUAUCGAUGUACAAAACAAGGUUUGGAACAGUUGGGAAAGCUUAGUACCAAAGUAUAUUUAUGAUUCGACUUGCAGUUCUAAUGGUCUUUUUGUUGAAACUGUAGAUACAUUAAAAACGAAUUGGUUUCUCAAUCUUAUGAAAUCGGUUAGAAGACCUAGUUUACUGAUAGGCAAGACUGGAGCUUGUAAAUCAACAAUUAUAUUAAACUUCUUAAAAAACUUAAAUCCUGAUAUUUAUAAUUGGUCAAAGAUAUUCUUCUCGUUAAAAACCUCUGCACUUGACGUACAAAGGCAUAUAGAUUCAUUAAUUUCAAAGAGAAAUAAUAAUGUUUAUGGGCCACCGUUAGGAAAAAAACUUGUAAUAUUUAUCGACAACUUGAGCAUGCCCCGAGUAGAUAUGUAUGGAACUCAGCAACCACUGGCACUUUUGAAGUUCAUUUUUGAAAAAAAUGGAUAUUUUGUACGGAAUAAACAAUUUAAUUGGAAAUGUCUCAAGGAUAUAUAUUUCUUAGCUGCUACUGAAAUUCGAUCUGGCUGCACGAAUAAAGUUGACAAUCGUUUUAUUUCAAAAUUUGCGGUUUAUAACAUAAGUCUUCCGGAUUCAAAAGUACUCUACCAUAUUUAUUCUUCUAUUAUUUGUGGACAUGUUGAGAUGUUUUCCGAAGAAAUUAAGUCAAUCGGUGGACUAAUCGUCUCGGCAACUCUUGAUUUAUACGAAAAAAUUAUAGUUCAAUUGCGACCAACGCCAAAUAAAUUUCACUACACCUUCAAUAUAAGAGAUUUAUCGAAAAUUGUGGCAGGACUCUUGAUGACAAAGCCCAGCAAAUUCUUAACGCUACGGGAGUUUGUUCGUGUUUGGCGUAAUGAAUUUUUGCGUACUGUUUGCGAUAGACUUAGCUACAAAGAGGAUUGGAAUGUGAUGCAGCAUGCAAUUGAAUCUGUAGUGAAAACACACUUUUCUGAACAAAUACAAGAAAAUUGCUUGUCGACAAUCGCAGAUGAACCACAAAGAUCGGAAAUGUCAACGCCUGAAUAUGUUUUGCGCGACCCCAUAUUAUUUGGUGAUUAUCGAAAUGCAUUAAAUGAUGGUGAGGAAAGGUACUAUGAGGAUCUCCUUGAUUACACAUCUGUCUAUUAUUUAUUCCAAGAAAUACUAAACAAUUAUAUGAAACUCGUCGGGAACCCUUACCUGGUUCUGUUUGAAGAUGCCCUGGAGCAUUUGACACGGCUGCACAGAACUUUGAGAAUGCACUGUGGGCAUGUGCUAAUUGCAGGAGCCAAUGGCACUGGGAAACAGAGCUUGGCAAAAUUGGCAUCUUACACCGCUGGUUGUCAAGUAUUCGAAAUUAUUAUUGACACAGGAUUUGACAUAACUUCUUUUAGAAAAGACCUUAAGAUGCUUUUCUAUCAAUUAAGUGUUGAAAAUAAAAAGUUGGCGUUUGUCUUUACAACUGACCAGGUUACCGAUGAGGAUUUUUUCGAACAUAUAAAUUUUAUAGUUUCGAAUGAAAUGAUUCCAGGGUUGUUUACUAAAGAAGACGAAGUUACUCUAUUAAAUGCAUGUAAAAUUGCGGCUGAAAAGGAAGGAUAUUCAACUGAAACAGAAGAAGUUUGGUCCUAUUUUACAAAAAAAUGUAUUGAUAAUUUGCAUGUUAUUCUAACAAUGUCGCCUGUAGACAACGUGUUAAGGAAAUAUUGCAAAGAUUUUCCUGGAAUUAUUAAUAAUACAGUAAUUGAUUGGAUCUUCAUGUGGCCUAAAGAAGCCUUGGUUGCAGUAGCAAAUGUUUUCUUCGCUAAUAAUCUAAUCAUACCAAAAGAACACAGAAGCGAAGUGGUCCAACAUGUGGCUGAAGCACACUUCGGUAUGGAAAGAUUUAUUCAAGAAUAUUUUACAAAAUUUAACAGAAGGAAUUAUGUAACACUCAAGCACUACUUAGAUUAUAUACAAUCUUAUUUGUUGUUACUGGAAGAUAGACAUAAUUUUACUGCUGAACAGUGCGUUAGAUUAGCUGGAGGCAUUAACAGAAUUGAAUUGGCAGCUUUAGAACUAAAAAAUCUAAACGAAAAAUUAGAAAAACAAAGUAUUGUUGUGAACAAGCAAACAGAAAUUUCUCAAACAUUACUAGCAGAGUUAUCCGCGGAAAAACUGAAAGCUGCAGAUAAAAAACGUUUGGCUACGGCAAAAAGUCUGGAGAUAGCAAAUCAAGCUAAACUUAUUGGUGUAGAAAAAGCGGAAGCAGGUUCAGCUCUUUCUAAAGCUUUGCAAACACUAAAUUUAGCAAAAGAUGCUCUAGGAAAUUUGGAUAUUGAAGACAUCUCUAAAAUAAGUUCAAUGACAACGCCACCGGACAUAGUGCAAUGCGUGUGCGAAUGUGUUGUCAUUUUAAAAGGUCUGAAGGAAGUAUCUUGGAAAUCCGUAAGGACAAUGAUGAAUGAUCCAAAUUUUUUAGUGUCCUUACAAAAAUUAAAUUGUGAUGAUGUUUCUCAAAAACAAGUUGGAAUGAUCAAGGCGCAUUUGAAGAUAUCUAAAAUGCUGGACGAAACGCAAAUGGGCAGUAAAACAGGAUACUGUUUGUUGCGUUUUGUGCGCGCAGUGUUAUCAUAUUUUGCUGUUGCCAAAGAGAUGAAACCAAAAAAGGAACAUAUCAACAGUCUGGUCUCGGAGCACAAUGUCGCCAUAAGCAAUCUGUGCAAUCUAAACGCUGAAAUAGAGAAUCUAGAAACUGAUAUAAAUGCAAUGGAUAAACGAUACAAUGAUGUAGUUGCCCACAAACUGCAACUGCAGGAAGAUGUGGAUGUCAUAAUAGAGCAACUGACUGUCGCAGAUAGAUUAAUCUCUGGGUUAAGAAUAGAGCAGAAAAGAUGGCAAGAAGAACUAAACACUCUGAGGCAAAACGAGAAAACUCAUAUUGGAUCAUGUUUAUUGACGGCUGCCUUUCUGUCCUACGCUGGUCCAUUCAAUCUAGAAUUCAGAUUGAAAAUGAUGUAUGACAAUUUGUUAAAAGAUAUCAUAAAUCGAAAUAUUCCUGUAAUUGAAUCAUAUGUCAUUCACCAGCAGUUAGUAAAUGAAGUUCACACCAGAAGAUGGAAUUUGGAAGGUUUGCCGAGCGAUGAAUUAUCUCUUCAGAAUGGAAUAUUGACCAUUUAUGCAUUGCGUUAUCCUCUUUGCAUUGAUCCUCAUCAGCAGGCAAUAUCUUGGAUUAAAAAAAUGGAACAACAGAAUAAUUUGAGAACAGUUACGUUUGUUCAACCUGACUACAUAGAUCAAUUAAAGCAAGCCAUUAAAUAUGGAUAUCCUAUCAUAUUCAUCAAUAUUGGUGAUUAUGUUGACCCAGUAAUAUAUUCGAUAUUAGAAGAAAGCACUUCAGUUUCAAAUCCUAAAUUGAAUGACUUAUUCGAAAAUGAAAAAAACAUUGGUGAUGAUGGAUUUAGACUCUAUUUUACAACACAGCUUGGAAAUCCAAAUCUAAACACAAACGUGUAUGCAAAGUUAUCAGUUAUUAAUUUCAGUAUAUCAGAAAAUAGUUUAGAAGAAAAAUUAAUAAGUAUUGCAAUUCAGGAAGAGCACUGUGAUGUUGAAAAUGAUUUCAGUUUGCUUGUGAAGGAAAUAAGUUUAAAUACAACUCUGCUCGAAAAACUCGAAAAUACGCUUUUACAGGAGAUGUUGACUCCUACAGAAAAUAUAAUACACAACGCAGAGUUUGUUUCUUGUUUGGAAAAUAUAAAGAAGAAAAUUUCCGAUGCCAAAAGCAAUUUAGCAGCAUCUAUGAAUAAUUUGAAGGAUAUCAAUGAAGUCCGAAAUAAACAUCGUCAAAUUGCAAUACACGGUUCUACAUUAUUUUUUGCCAUAUCCGACAUGAGUAUUGUUAAUAAAGUAUAUCAGUUUAGUCUUACAACAUACAUAGAAGUUUUUAGAUUUUCAUUACGACAAACAACUGCAGAUAAUUCUAUCUCUAGCAAAUUGAAGAAAAUUAUUCAUACACUUACUGAAAACAUUUACUGUUAUGCAUGUACAGGUAUUUUUGAAAAACACAGAAUUUUUUUCUCGUUUCUGUUGGCAAUUAAAAUAGAACAGAACAUAAAAUUAAUAUCAGAGCAAGAAUUAAGAUUUUUUAUUCAAGGUUCGAAAAUGACUGAAAAUUUGCCUGUUUCGUGUCCGAACUGGAUUACAACUGAGUGGAAUGAUGUUGAUACACCUGAAAGCAUCCCAUUACCAAUGAAUUAUGAUAAGUCGCUGACGCCUUUUAGGCGACUUAUGAUAUUGCGAUGUUUCCGCACGGAUAGAGUUUUUCAUGGUGUUAUAGAUUUCAUAGUUUCGUCUUUGGGAGAAAGAUACAUAAAGCCUCCAAAUGUGUGUUUUAAUGAUAUUUUCAAUAAAACUUUGGCGCAUAUUCCUAUAAUUUUUAUGCUAACAUCUGGAUUUGAUCCAACGAAUAAACUCAUAAAAUUAGCUGAUGAGUUAGGAAGUGAUCGCUUCAAAUGUAGAGAAAUCUCACUGAGUAGAGGCCAAGAAGAAUUGGCUAUGGACUUGGUGGUCACUGCCGCUGAACAAGGAAGUUGGAUUUUACUACAAAAUUGUCAUUUGUUUAAUCCAAUUAAAGAUAAAAUGGAAAAAUUGUUGAGUAUUAUGGAAAAUCCGCAUCGGGAUUUCCGUUUGUGGAUUACAACUGAUACAGCGGGCGCUAUACCCAUAGAAAUUUUACAAAGGUGUUUUACAGUUGCAACGGAUCUCUCAAGUGGAAUAAGAUACAAUUUAAGAAAUUCUUACCAUGAUUUAUCGCAAAGCAUAUUAGAUAAAUGCCCUCAUGCUGCUUUCAAAAGCUUAGUUUAUGUGUUAGCAUUUUUUCAUGCAGUUAUUCAGGAAAGAAAACGAUAUGACAAAAUAGGAUGGAAUAUAAAUUACGAUUUUAGUGAAUCGGAUUUUAAUAUAAGCGUACAAAUUAUCGAUUCUUAUCUCGCACAAAUACACAAAUUGCAAGAUAAUAAUAUAAAUUGGAAAUGUUUAAAAUAUCUAAUAGGAGAGAUUAUAUAUGGGGGACGUGUGCUGGAUGGUUUUGAUAAUCGUGUCGUGAAAACUUAUUUGAACGAAUACAUGGGCGAAUUUAUAUUUGAUCCUUUUCAACCAUUUAAUUUUUAUAAUGACAAGAAUGUGAAAUAUACAAUACCACAUAAUGGAAAUAGAGAAUUUUAUUUAGAUUAUAUAGACUCCCUACCGCUUAAAAUAAAUACAUCUGAAGUUAUUGGCUUACAUGUUAAUGCCGAAAUUAAAUAUUCGACGAAAGCCUCAAGGGACAUAUGGCGAUAUUUGAUGGAUCUUCAGACACAAACGAGUGAGGUUUUUGACAAAAAUAUAAAAUACCAAACUGUCCAAUCUACUGCUCAGAAUGUAUUAGAAAGAGUACCAAAACUAUAUGAAUUGGAGAAAAUUCGUGAAACAUUUGACAUUAACACAGCUCCAACUAAACUAAUUUUAAUUCAAGAACUAAAAAUGUUUAAUAAGCUGUUGGACAGAAUGUCUUCAUCAUUGAACUUGCUACUAAAUGCACUUAAUGGAGAAAUAAGCUUGGAUCCAGAUUUGGAGUGUAUAGUAGAAUGUCUAUUUAUUGGCCAGCUUCCUCUUUGUUGGAAAAAACUUGCUCCAAAAACCUGCAAAACUCUUGGGAGUUGGAUGGAACAUUUUGAAAGAAGAAUCAGUCAAUACAAUUAUUGGUGCACAGUAGGUGAACCUUCUAUUAUGUGGUUAUCCGGCUUGACUAUUCCGGAAUCCUAUCUAGCAGCAGUAGUGCAAAUGGAAUGCCAAAAACACUUUUGGCCUUUGGAGAGGUCUACAUUCUACACCACUGUAACCCCUUAUACUAGUUAUGAUGAGAUAUCAGGACGACCGGAGAAGGGAUGUUAUGUUAUUGGACUUUACUUGGAAGGAUGCCAAUGGGAUAUAAAAAGUAUGUGUUUAAAAAUGUCAUCACCAAAUGUACUUGUAGAAGAAAUUCCUAUAAUUAUUGUAAUUCCUACACUUCAACAACGAUUGCAUCUGCAGAACAUGUUGCGUACACCAGUGUAUAUAACAUCUCAGCGCAGAAACAGUAUGGAGGAUGAUAUUGUGUUUGAAGCACAUUUAAGAACUACUGCGCCAUUGUCCACAUGGAUUUUACAUGGAGUUUGUUUAUUACUAAAUACAAAUUAA